AUGAACCGUCUAUUCGGCACCAAGAGUGCGGCACCCAAGCCCACUCUCGACAGCGCAAUCAGCAAAGUCGAUGACCGCGUCGCCAGUAUCGAUGUUAAGCUCUCUGCUCUGAACGCCGAACUCUCAACCUACCAAGCCAAGCUCUCCAAGAUGCGCGACGGGCCCGGAAAGAAUGCACUGCGGCAAAAAGCCCUCAAGAUCCUUCAACGCCGGAAACAGUACGAGGGCCAACGAGACCAGCUUUCUCAACAAUCAUGGAACAUGGAGCAAGCAGGCAUGAUGCAGGAUAAUCUCAAGAACGUGAUGACAACAGUGGAUGCCAUGAAGACCACGACCAAAGAACUGAAAAAGCAGUAUGGCAAGGUGGACAUCGAUAAGAUCGAGCAGAUGCAGGAUGAGAUGGCCGAUUUGAUGGAGGUGGGUAAUGAGAUCCAGGAGAGUAUCUCACGGGCGUAUGACCUACCUGAAGAGGUAGAUGAGGCGGAUUUGGACGCGGAGUUGGAGGCUCUUGGCGAGGAGUCGAUGUUUGAUACGGGAAUAGGCGAGGAUGCGAUGCCGAGUUUCUUGCAGGAUGAGGUGGCGCCACCACAGUUUAUUGAUGAGCCGCCGGAGCAAGCGAAGGUUAAGGAGGCUGCUGGAGGGUUGGGAUAA